AUGGCAAUAUUCUUAAUUGGAAAGUGGCGGCCGCUGUCGGCCAUCGUACAACGAAAGUCAUUUAGUAGCAUUCAAACGAAUUUCUUUAUUAAAGGUUGUGAUGCUGGUACGGUUACCACGGAGUCUUUCCUCAAGGCAAGGAUGGGAUGGCAUCCAAUUAACUUUAAGUGUGACUACACGUUAGGUUCAGGUGAAAUUGUUAACAAUGGGGACAUUUCCUGGCAGAUAGAAAGGGUAAAAGGAAGUGGGAACUUCGAAACAAUUGCGAAGUAUUCAUCCACGAAACCAAACCAGUUCGCUGAAACACCGAUAGGUUCGGCGUUCAAAGCCCGAUCUAUACUGCCUGAUAUUGUUGCCGUAGGCUCAGACACGUUCUCGGCUGUGUUCAGACUGUAUGAGGUCAGGUGUGAAGAUGAGGGGAAUUUCAGGUGCUUGGUUGCGUUUUCCAACAGUACAGGAAAAUAUAAUGUAACUUCGGAAGCGUCCCUGCUUGUGACAGCUCCCGCUGAAAAGCCGCACAGUGCCCCGAAUCCGAAUCCAGAUAACAUUGAAGAAGGCAUGAAAGUGCAGUUUUCCUGUACUGCCAAUGUAGGGAAACCUCCAGGAAAUAUUAAAUGGUGGCGCUUCAGACACGGACAAUCUGUACCUGAUUUCAUGGGGGAAUCGAACACUACACCUUUGAUGCAGACAGAUGUUUGCGUCUAUAACCUAACUAGCUCUAUUUCUGCAUUGAGCAUGACAAGAGAUGACGACCAAUCCGUGUGGAGAUGCUCUGUCAACAACAAUCUACUUACAGCUUACCCUGAUUAUGAGAAACCUCACGAAGACUCGAAGAAAAUACGAGUAUACUAUAAAGUUAGCACUCCUUCUAUCGAAGUAACACCAUAUUAUUCCAAGUACCAAGUGGGGAGUAACAUCACAAUUUACUGCUCCGCCGAUGGCAACCCGAGUCCACUGAUUGACAACCAUAUCAACUACUACAUUUGGACCUUCCGGUCUAGGGGUAAAUCUGAAGACUUCAUACUGACCUCCAAUAACGGGCUAUUGGCUCUCCAAAACAUAAAAGAAAAAAACUCGGGGAGGUACACUUGUACUGCUCAUAAUAGUUUCAAUGGAAAAGAAUUCAACAGCUCCAGUCAUGUUGAGAUAAAUAUCCACUCAGGUAGAGUAUCAACAAUAUCAGUAUUAAUGGCUGGAAGUGGACGAAAUACGUUGAAAACCUCCUGGGAAAAUAAACUGGUGGCGUGCCAGAUGAAGUUUUGUCUCAAUGUUUUGCGGAUAAGUAAACCUGAUGUGGAUAUUUGUGACUUGUCAGGAAGAACGUCAGCAUGA